AACAACAUUUUAGAUGUCAAAAAUAAGAAAACAGAAAAUGGGACGGAGGGAGUAUAAACCAACACCGAAGUAAAGCGCGUGAAAAUUAGACUAAAAACAACCACCCACUUGUCUUAUCUCUCCUAAAUCCUCCAAAAACCCCUCUUUUUUUAUUCAUUCAACCCAAACCCAGAAAACCUUUUCUAUUUCCUUCUUUCUAGUAUCUUCCUUCUCUUUCUCUCUCCUUCUCAACAACCUUCUUCAAUCUUCAUCAAUGGAAGAUCCACUCCCUUACGAUCCCCACCCUUCUACCCCUCUUCCCAUCCCUCCUCUCGACCACGCUCAUCUUCUCUCCUCCGAUUUCUUCCCAGAAAACGGCGAUGAUUUCAACUUUGGUGCUGGCUUCGAUUUCACUUUUGAUGAUCUUACAUUCGCGGAUGAUCUACUUUUGGACCCGCAAGGAGAUGGGGUUUUUGAUUCGGAUGUUUCUGAUGUUUUAGAGGGUCGGAAUUCUGGGGAUUCGGAGAUUCUUGUUGGGAACCCUAAUUCUAGGGUUUACGAUUGUUCGUCUCCGGAAGGGGUGAAUCAUCAUGGUGGGGUUUCUUCUGAGGAGUCGAAUUUUGGGGUGAAGUUGAAUUGUGCUUCGCCGGAGUCUGGUAGCUGUAAGAGUAAUUCCGGCGUUUCGCAGACGUUUCGUGGUGGUGAUUCAGGUAAUAUUAGUGAUGACCGUGAUGUUUCUUCCAGUUCUUUUAAUGAGAAUAAUGUUGAUGAUUUGUCUAGUAAGGUUAAAGUAGAGGAAAUUGGUGGGAAGAAUAAUAAUCAUAAUAAUAAUGUUAGUAAAAGUGUUGUCUCGAAGAGGAAGAAAGAGUAUGAUCAUGAUCAAAGUGAAGAGGGUAAUAAAACUAAUAAGUUUAGGAAAUCGGGGAUGUCGGAAAAUGUGAGUGUUGAAGUGGGUAGUGUUGAUGGGGAUGAUAAGAAGAAAGCUAGAUUAAUGAGGAAUAGAGAAAGUGCGCAGCUUUCUAGGCAGAGGAAGAAACAGUAUGUAGAGGAGCUUAAGGAUAAGGUUAGAUCAAUGCAUUCUACGAUCACUGAUUUGAAUGGAAAGAUUUCGUAUAUGAUGGCGGAGAAUGCGAGUUUGAGACAGCAAUUGGCCGGUGCUGGUGGGGUUUGUGCGGCCCCUCCACCGCCUCAUGGGAUGUAUCCGAUGGCUCCUAUGCCAUACCCAUGGAUGGCGUGUCCUCCUUAUAUGGUUAAGCCGCAAGGAUCACAUGUUCCAUUGGUUCCGAUUCCUAGAUUGAAGCCUCAGCAGCCUGCGCCGGCUCCUAAGGUUAGUAGGAGGUCGGAUAGUAAGAAGGGUGAGGGGAAGACUAAGAAGGUGGCGAGUGUUAGUUUGUUGGGGUUGUUGUUUUGUAUGUUGCUCUUCGGAGGGUUGGUUCCGUUGGUUAAUGUUAAGUAUGGCGGUAUUGGGUUUGAUGGUGUGCAGAAGGGAAGUGUAUUUAUGGUUGAUAAGCAUGUCGGGGUUUUGGAGGGUAAGAUUAGUAGUCAUGGGAGAAUACUUCAGCAGUCGAAUAGUUCAGAUGGGUUUGGUCCAAAUGGGAAUUCUAGUGAGCCAUUGGUUGCGUCGCUGUAUGUCCCAAGGAAUGAUAAGCUGGUGAAGAUUGAUGGGAACUUGAUUAUUCAUUCGGUUCUUGCCAGUGAGAAGGCUAUGGCAUCGAAAACGGAUGAGGAGAGUAAGCCUAGUGAAGAAACAAGCUUGGCUAUCCAUGGUAGUUACCCGCCUUAUCCAAUCCCUGGACCAGGGAGCAAUAAUUGGAGACACCCUCACCUUGACAGAAAUCAAAAUGGGAGGCAAAGGGCUCUCGGCUCUAGCUCUUCUGAAGGGUUUACACCAGCUGGAUCUGAUGGCAAACUGCAGCAGUGGUUCCGUGAGGGACUUGCAGGGCCUAUGCUGAGUUCUGGCAUGUGUACGGAAGUGUUCCAAUUUGAUAUCUCACCCACUCCAGGAUCAGUAGUUCCUGCUACAUCCAUUGUUAAUGUUACCUCUGAACGCCAACAGAAUUCUACUCGCUCUAACAAACCCAGGAAUAGAAGGAUCCUUCAUGAACCUGUUGUUCCUCUCGAUGGCCAUACACUGAAUGCUACUGAAGAGCAUGUGGCACAUGAGCAAAAUGAUGGACUUCAGGGCAACAGAACCAGUUCUUCAAUGGUCGUCUCUGUUCUUGUCGAUCCCAGGGAAGUUGGUGAUGGUGAUGGAGAAGGCGUGAUUAGAUCAAAGACUAUGUCUCGGAUCUUUGUCGUCGUUCUUAUUGACAGUGUCAAGUACGUGACUUACUCAUGCAUGCUCCCAUUUUUGGGUUCAAGCAAUCAUUUAGUGACAACCUGAAAUGUGGGAUAGAAUAAGAUGAGUGAUGGAUAUAAAGUAUUCAUCUCCACCACAGUUUUGUACAGGAUCGAUAGUUAUGUAGAGCUUUUAAAUUUUCUAGUGACACCUUUAAUCAGCCGGUCUUUCCAUUGCUAAGAAACCUUUGUAAACUAGGUUCUUAUCUUCAUGUUGAGAUCUUGGUGUGCUAACAGGCAUCAAUCGGCCUACCUUGAGGAUGCGUUCAGGAACGUUGACUGCUUGUAACUUAUGUAAUCUGAUAUACUUAAAUGCAAUAUUUACCUUUUAAUCUGUAUUCGCACAUUUGCUUCUUUUCACUAUGUUACUAAUACAAUGUAUACUUGUAUCA